AUGGAUUUUGUGCGUGGCCCUGUGGACGCCAUGGCACAAAGCGAAAACUUUCCUGUUAAUGCUUUUCGACUGAUAGUGGCAUUAAUUGGCUGUAACGUCGUAGCGCCGCUCAUUUAUUUGAUGCAUUGCGAAACUUCCCGUCACUUGUUUAAUGUAGUAGCAGGUCUAUUUGUUGGUGUCUUUGUGUUUGGCACAGCAGUGUUGCAUACAAUUGGCACAUCAAUAGUGGUAUAUUUGCUUAUGAUAGUGACUCCAAGGGACAUUGUGGGUCGCCUUGUGCUUUUCCUCUUGUUGGUAUAUCUCGUUGGAAUUCACUACUACCGCGAGUUCCACAGUCCAGACAUUGUAUGGGACUCGGCGCAGAUGAUUCUGACGCUAAAGCUUAGCAGUGUCGCUACCAACUACAGCGAUGGCGGCCUGCCUAAAGAGAAAAAGACGCUUACGAUGCUGAAAAAUGAGCUUCAGGAAAUUCCGGCGCUGAUUCCGUACUUUGGUUUCAUUUUCUUCUUCCCGACGUAUCUUGCUGGUCCUGCAUUUGAAUAUAAAGACUACAUCACCUGGAUGAAGGAAAUUCGCGUUGCCCCGUUCCUGGUGCACCUCCGCAACCUCCUCGUUAUCAUGAUUUCGGCAGCAGGUUUCUUUGCGUCGCUUCAAUUUCCAGUCGAGGAGAUUGACUCGCCUAGCUUUUACUCAAAGUCCUCGUGGGCUGUGCGUUGCCUUUACAUGUGCAUCCGUGUCGUCCUCUUUCGUUUUCGCUUUUAUCUAGCGUGGUCAUUAGCUGAAGCUGCGAGUGCUGCUGCUGGCGUUGGCUACGUGCAAGCAACUGGAAAAUGGAAUGGCAUUACAAACAACGAUAUUCUCUGCGUGGAAACGCCUACUAAUUUUCGUGUUGCAAUUAACAACUGGAAUAUUGGCGUUGCAAGAUGGAUUAAUACCUACAUUUACCAGCGUUUUGGCCUGUCCAAGUCAGGGAAGUCUGGUCUAUUGUCCACGAUGGCUUCUUUUUUCGUCAGUGCACUAUGGCAUGGAUUGUCACCUGGCUACUACUUGUUCUUCCUCUUGGGUGGUAUCUACAUCGAAGUUGGAAAGCAUCUUCGACGUCGCCUGAGGCCGUACUUCCACUACACGGAUGAUCGCAAAGCACACUCGCACGCUGUCUUCUUGUCGUACUUCAAUGGCACUUCCCACCCAUUGGCAUUCUUCUACGAUAUAACUGGUUUGUUCUUCACGUGGGUGGCGAUGCAGUACGCUGGUAUAGCGUUUGAGAUCAUGGACGUGCAUCGAUGCUUUGCCAUUUGGAGCUCGUGGUAUUUCCUCCCCCACGGUGUGAGUAUUAGCUUGCUGGUAUUCUUUUACCUCUUCCCUCAGCGCCGUGCCGCACCGGAAAAGAAGAAGAAGCAAUAA